AUGAUUACUCGUCUUCUGCUUGCGCUGCCACUAAAUCUUUCAGCCUAUCGUACCGAGUCUCCGACUCUGUGGCUCAAUGCGGAUGAAGUCCUUAACGAAAUAGGGAUUGCAGUUGAGGGGGAGGAUGAUGACCCUUUUGUCCACUGGAUCAGCAGUGACUCCGAACUAGAAGAUGAAGCUGUUGCUGGGGAAGUUUCUGUAGAACAAGAAGCACCAGAAGAUCAAGCUCCUAUUGCGUCUUUUGCAGCUGCUCUCCAAGACCUUUAUGGCUCAAGCUCUGAGUCUGACCUCGAACCUUUCACGGCAGCUGCACUGGAUGAUCCUGUGUCUUCUGAAGAUAGUUCAGAUCCCUAG